AUGAGACUCUCGGCGGAAACUAUAACAUCUCUUCAGCUGGAUCCCGAUUGCAUUAGAAACAUUUGCAUAUUGGCCCACGUUGACCAUGGUAAGACGUCGCUUAGUGAUUCGCUAUUGGCCACCAACGGAAUCAUCUCGCAAAGAAUGGCUGGGAAAGUCCGGUACUUAGACUCUAGAGAAGAUGAACAAUUACGUGGUAUUACUAUGGAGGCAUCUGCUAUAUCCUUGUACUUCAAGGUAAUGAAACAAUUACAAGGUGAGGACUCUCCUACCACCAAAGAAUACCUCAUAAAUCUUAUUGAUUCUCCGGGCCAUAUCGACUUCUCGCUGGAAGUUUCGACCGCAUCGAGAUUGUGUGACGGUGCCGUGGUGGUUGUAGACGUGAUCGAGGGAGUAUGUUCGCAAACUGUCAACGUCUUGAGACAAUGUUGGGUGGAUAAAUUGAAGCCAAUCCUCGUAUUGAACAAGAUUGACAGGUUAUUCAUAGAAUGGAAGUUGACUCCGUUGGAAGCUUACCAGCAACUUUCUAGAGUUAUCGAACAAGUGAACUCGGUCAUCGGAGCGUUGUAUUCGGGUGAUAGAAUGGAGGAUGACUUAAAUUGGAGAGAAAGCGGGUUGAAUCCUGAAGAAUACGUUGAGAAGUCUGAUCAAGAUAUCUACUUCUCUCCGGAAUUGAAUAAUGUUGUGUUUGCAUCCGCUGCCGAUGGCUGGGGGUUCAGCGUUAACACAUUUGCAAAGAUAUAUGCUGCUAAGUUGGGAUUUUCCCAUAAGAUACUAACUAAAACUCUCUGGGGAGAUUUCUAUUUGGAUAUGAAGAACAAGAAAAUUUUACCUGGGAAGAAAGUCAAGGUCAAAAACUAUAAACCCAUAUUUGUAAGUUUGGUGAUGGACCAGAUUUGGGCAUUGUAUGAGAAUUGUGUUAUUGAUAGAAACCAGGAGAAAUUGGAAUCAAUCAUUGGGAAAUUGGGUGCCAAAGUUAGUCCAAGGGAUUUAAGAAGUAAAGAGUACAAGUCUUUGUUGAAUGUGAUCAUGUCACAAUGGAUCCCAUUAAGUCAUGCACUCUUAGGAUCUGUGAUUGAUAAGUUACCUAGCCCUGCAGAAUCCCAAAGUGAUAGAAUGGACAAAAUCUUGAGCGAAAGUUUAGGAGACGAAAGAAGCAAAAUAAGCACUGAACUUGACGAAUCUUUACACAAAUGUCAAUCUUCAAAUCCUGACUUGAAUACUGUUGCCUAUAUUUCGAAGAUGGUUUCUGUCCCGCAAGAUGAAUUACCUAAGGAUAUUAUUACAGGCUCAGGUGAAAACGCAUCAGUCUUGUCCCCUGAGGAACUUGCUGAAAGAAGCAGAAGAGCUAGGGAGUUGGCGAGAAAAGCUUCUGAGGCAGCAGCUGUCUUAUCUGACGAGAAAAGGUCUAAUGAUGAUCAGUUCAAAGUUGUUACUGGUGAUGAAAAAAGUGCAUUUGAAUGGGAAGUAGAAGAUGAUGAUUUUGAAGCUUUCCAUCAAGAUAGUGAAGAUGAUGAGCCAUCCAUUCCUGAAACUUUAAUUGCAUUCACACGUAUCUUUUCUGGUAGUUUAGCAAAGGGUCAAACAGUCACUGUAAUUAGCCCCAAAUAUGAUCCUUCGAAUUCUCAGCAGGACCAAAUCAUUAAAGAUGUUGAAAUCAAAGAUUUGUAUUUGAUUAUGGGUCGUGAAUUUGUGAGAAUGGAGACAGUACCUGCUGGGAAUAUCGUAGGAGUGGUUGGUUUGGGUGGAUUAUCGUUAAAAAAUGCCACUAUUUGCUCCAAGGAUCAAGUGGAGCCUUACAUCAACUUUGCCUCCACAUCAACUUUAAUCCACAAUAAACCAAUCAUGAAGCUUGCCAUUGAACCAACGAAUCCAAUGAAGUUGGAGAAAUUGGAAGAAGGUUUGACUAAAUUAGCAUUGGCAGAUCCUGUUUUAGAAUGGUACACCGACGAUGACUCUGGUGAACUUAUUAUGUGCGUUGCUGGAGAACUUCACUUGGAGAGAUGCUUAAAAGAUUUGGAAGAACGUUUCGCUAAGGGAUGUGAAGUCGUGGUGAAGGAACCUGUGAUUCCAUUUAGAGAAGGUAUAACAGGAGAAGAUGAAGAAGUUGCGAAAGAAUUGGUCCAUGAUGAUUCUGAUGAAGAGGAUUACGACGAAGAGGGUGAAGAGGAUGAAGAUGAUCGUGUGGUUGGCGGUGUUGAGCUCUCAUUUCAAUUGUAUUCGCUUCCACCAAAGAUUGUUAAAUUCCUCAACAAGAAUGAGCAGUUGCUAUAUGAUAUAGUGCAUAAGAAGGAUGGGGACUUAAAAAUUCUCAAAAAUGAGCUUGUUUCUGCAUUUAAAAAUGAAAGUGAGGAAGACGAUGAUGAAAAGAUUACGGCAUUUUUGAAGUUGAUUUCUUCUCAACUAAAGAUUAAUUCUGUGGAAGAACUCAUUAACCAAAUAAUUUGCUUUGGUCCCAAGAGAGUCGGUGCUAAUAUGUUGAUUGAACCAGCUCAAGAAAACAGGUUUGGUAGGUUCUUCAAUCCGGAUGGAUCAGCUGAUAAUAGAUUUACUUAUGCCAAUAAUGUUAUCAAUGGAUUCCAAUUGUCGACUAAUGAAGGUCCAUUAGCUUCUGAGCAACUUAUUGGUACACUUGUUGUCGUGAAAGUGCAAGAACACGAAAUUGACGAGGACGAUAUUCCAAUCAAUAUUUCCGGUAGACUUAUUACCAUGACAAGAGAUAUGAUUCACGAACAAUUUUUGACUAAGGGUCCAAGAUUGUACCUUGCAAUGUACACCUGUGACAUUCAGGCUUCUGCAGAAGUAUUAGGUAAAGUGUAUGGGGUAGUGCAACAAAGGGGUGGUACUAUAAUAUCUGAAGAGAUGAAAGAGGGGACACCAUUUUUCACGAUUGAGGCUAGAAUUCCAGUCAUCGAGGCUUUUGGGUUCUCUGAAGAUAUUAGGAAAAAGACUUCAGGUGCCGCUAGUCCUCAAUUGGUGUUCGAUGGCUUUGAUAUUUUAGACCUUAAUCCAUACUGGGUUCCACACACUGAGGAAGAGUUGGAAGAAUUAGGAGAGUUUGCUGAGCGUGAAAACGUUGCAAGGAAGUAUAUGAAUGGUAUUAGGAGAAGGAAGGGUUUGUUCAUCGAUGAAAAGGUUGUUCAAAAUGCAGAGAAGCAAAGAACAUUGAAGAAGGAUUGA